AUGACAACCUGUGACUUCGUACCCCUUGCUGGAAACCGUGAAACACAAUUUGUUAACAAUUUUAACGUCCUUCUGAGCGCGCUUGCGCUAUACGAACACUCGAUCACGUUUGGCGAGGAAGUUAGGGUCAUCUGGCAAAGGAAACAGACCCUGACUACUGUGCUGUUUCUCUGCAACCGCUACAAUGUCCUGUUCAGUGCGACUAUAUUGCUAUCGAUGUGCAUGCGCGUGACUGGGAACUCUCUGACGUUCUAUGUUUUAAAGAACCUUCUCGAGGUCUCCACAGUCAUUGCAUACUGCUUGACAGCAGACUCUGCCAUAGCAUUCACCGCGCUCCGAGUAUAUGCGCUUUGGGACAGGAGUAUGAAACUAUUCUAUCUCAUAUUGGUGCUUUCUCUUGCGCCCACGAUAGCUUCCUUGAUAUGUUUUGUGGUCGCUCGUUCAGAGCCAAGAGUAGCGCUCCAGUUGGAUGGAUCGUUUAAGUGCACGCUAGGGCUUGCGAUGGUCCCCGAACUUCACCUGCAUUGUCUGGGCUGGGCAGUUUCCGAGUCUAGUGGCCGAUGCUUUGGUAUUGGUCCUUACAUGGAAGAAGACCUUUGGCCAGUUCCAAAAUGCAAGAAAGUUACAUAUAAAGACAUUGAGCUCUCUACUCCUGCGAGAUGGGACACUGUACUUUUUCGUGCUUGCGGUCUUGAACAUCGGUCAGCUGAUCGUCGCGCGGGCACUGUGCCUCUCGGAUCUCAUAUACAUCCUGUCGUCCCUGCUUGUAUCUCGUUUCCUCUUGAAUCUGCGUCAGAUGGACGAGCACCCGGCGACAGUGCGGACUGCAGGACAACUGUCGAGCGUACGAUUCCUCGAUAG